AUGCCUCGUUCAAAACCAAAAUUUCGAGGGCGGCAGGGCUCGACCCUGGCUGGCCUCCUCUUGUCAGCAGUGCUGCUUCCCGAGGCGGUGUCUGCAAACUAUCACCUUCCCUUUCAGCAAGCUCCCAUCCUACCGCCACAGAUACCGUUGGGAGAGGCAGAACCCCCGUCAGAAACCCACGAGUUUUCCCUUCGCCAUAUUUUCCAUCGAAGUUCCUUUGAGCAGCCCGAACUUCAUGCGCGACUAGACAUUCGCCCCGAUACUCGCCUGUUGGCUCUCUCCGAGGAUGGCACCGAGGAAGAAGCUAUCACGGCACUCACCCCCUUGGUCGCUAGCUCCAGGCCUCUCACUAUACAACGCUUGGCGGACCGUCGCAGGUCAGUUAUUGAAGAGCACAUGGCUGCUGCUCGGUUGUCGGGUGGGGUAGAGACCAUGUCGCCCUCGGAAUGGGUCAUGGACACCAUUCCAGGUCCAAACGUCACAGACAAGAACACUGUUCUCACCUUUGCUAAGAUGACGGCAAAUGAUUAUAUUGAAGUACCCGGGACUGGGGAGUGGGAGACGAUCCAUGGUCAAUUCAACUACUCUCAAAGCUUUGGAUGGCAGAAAGAUGGCCUUAGAGGACACAUCUACGCCGAUAAGACGAACAGCACAAUUGUCAUUUCCUUGAAGGGCACUUCGCCAGCCCUUUUCGAUGGUGCUGGCACCACUACGAAUGACAAGAAUAACGAUAAUAUUUUCUUCAGUUGCUGCUGCGGACAAGGAGGAUCAUACCUGUGGAGACAGGCCUGCGAUUGUCAGAGUGCAACUUACACAGCCAAUUUAACCUGCAUUGUGGAGGCCAUGACUGAUGAGAAUCGGUAUUAUAAGGCUUCCAUUGAUCUUUAUACCAAUGCGAGCGCCCUUUACCCGGGAGCAAACGUGUGGUUGACCGGGCACUCACUAGGUGGCGCUAUGACUAGUUUGCUUGGUCUCACAUUCGGACUACCGGUUGUCACUUUCGAAGCCGUACCUGAAGCGCUGCCAGCAGCUCGCUUGGGCCUUCCAAGUCCCCCAGGGCAUGACUCACGGCUUCCGCAGACCCGACAGUACACAGGAGCCUUUCAUUUUGGACACACGGCAGAUCCAGUUUAUAUGGGCACCUGCAACGGCAUCAACUCAAUCUGCACAUGGGGUGGAUAUGCCAUGGAAUCUGCAUGCCACACCGGUCAGAUGUGUGUUUACGAUACUGUGGCCGAUAAGGGCUGGCGCGUAGGCAUCGGCACUCAUAAGAUCAAGAAUGUCAUCUCCGAUGUCCUGGAAGUAUAUGACGACGUGCCACCAUGUGCACCCGAGGAGGAGUGCUAUGACUGCGUGCUCUGGAAGUUCUUCCGCAGCAAUGGCUCCGAAGUCACUACUACGACGACGACGACGACCGCAUUGCCCACACUUACCCGAACUGAAACAUGUAGAACUCCGGGCUGGUGGGGCUGUCUUGACGAUUCGACCACUACCACGCCUACGCCAACCACCUCGACCUCCACUUCCACUUGUAAAACACCAGGCUGGUUCGGGUGUAACGACGAAACCACUUCUACGACCAGCACUAGUAUCACAUCAACAUCCUCAACCACAACCUCGACUUGCAAGACUCCCGGCUGGUUUGGGUGUAAUGAUCCUACCACAACUACAGCUGCUGCUACCCCGGGGCCUACAAUGAUCACGACAAUGCCGACGGCGACUUCAACCAUCUGUCAUCAUCCCGGGUGGCUCGGUUGCAAUGAUCCCACGACCACGCAUCAGGUGCCGGCAUCUACAACGUGCUCAACCCCGGGUCUGGUAUGGGGAUGCUGGGACACGCCAACCCACACUCCCGCUAUCACUCCUCCACCCACCUCAUUACCCGCCACCACAACACCCGCCCACCCCAAGACAUGCACUCACAAAUUCUUUUUUGGAUUGAUCUGUCUCGACUAA